CACAUAAUUAAGAAAAGUGCAUUCUGUCUUCAAUCCACCGGAGUCUCCCCAAAAUCCUACCUGAGGGGCUCAUCUUUCGCCGCAGAAUCGCCCAACAAAUUCUGAUUCUCAUUUGCUUUAAUUGUCAUUAAACCCUUGGAAGAAUAUUAAUAUCAAAAAGGGAGACAGAUGUGGUAUAGAUCAGCCUCUUUCAUCCUCGACAAACAGCAGCAGCAGCAGAACGACACCGUGACGAACCCUGAGAGUCGCCCUCCCUCCUCCGCCUCCACCGCCAUGGCAGCCGAAAAUCCUAACGCUAAUAUCUCAAUGUAUUAUCAAACGCGGGCGGCGCACCAUGGCGUGGUGACGAAUGAUUGGUUGGCUCAGGCGCAAGCUGCCGUCGGCGGUCAUCCUGACGACUCCGUUUCGGAUAAUUAUGUAUCGGGAAGUGAGGAGGAGAAUAUAAGGUAUAGCGUGGUGGAUGAGUUCAAUAAUUGGAGGAAACAGCCGGAAUUGGCGGAGGCAGUGGCGGCUAUUAGGGCUUUGGCUUCGGUCAUUCGAUCGAGUCAAGCUACGACAAUGAUGGAGCUCGAAAUUGAGCUUAAGAAAGCCUCUGAUGCUCUGAAAUCAUGGGACACUACCUCCAUCUCUUUAACAGCUGGCUGUGAUUUGUUCAUGCGCUAUGUGACAAGAACCUCAGCUUUAGAGUAUGAGGACUUCAAUUCUGCAAAAUCUCGUCUUCUUGAACGUGCUGAGAAGUUUGGGGAGAUAUCUUAUAAGGCUCGGAGAAUAAUUGCCAUGCUUAGUCAAGAUUUUAUCUUUGAUGGUUGUACCAUUUUGGUGCAUGGCUUCUCCCGAGUCGUGCUGGAAGUUUUGAGAACAGCAGCUCAGAAUAAAAAACUCUUUCGAGUUCUCUGUACAGAGGGGAGGCCAGACAGGACAGGGCUGCGUUUAUCUAAUGAGCUUGCCAAGCUUGAUAUUCCUGUUAAGCUCUUAAUAGACUCUGCUGUGGCAUAUAGCAUGGAUGAAGUGGAUAUGGUGUUUGUUGGAGCAGAUGGAGUGGUAGAAAGUGGAGGUAUAAUAAACAUGAUGGGCACAUACCAAAUUGCACUGGUUGCUAAAAGCAUGAAUAAACCAGUUUAUGUUGCUGCUGAAAGUUACAAGUUUGCUCGUCUUUAUCCACUGGAUCAAAAAGACAUGGUACCGGCCUUGCGCCCGAUUGAUUUUGGGGUACCAAUUCCAUCCAAGGUCGAAGUUGAAACAUCUGCUCGGGAUUAUACCCCACCUCAGUAUCUGACAUUGCUUUUCACAGAUCUAGGUGUUCUAACACCAUCUGUGGUAAGUGACGAGCUUAUCCAGCUAUACCUGUAGUAAGGGCUUUGGUCGAAUUUUCCUAGAAUCGCAGUGGCGACUACUACAUUCAAGUGAUUGUAUUAGCUUCCAUGUAUUCAUUUUCCAGAAAAGCACAACUGAACUUCACAGUCCCUGUUGCUGUGCAAUUUAGUCUCAGUCUGCAGCAUACACAUGCUGAAGUUUUGUUUAACAUUGAUGUUACAGUGGCCGUCUACAACAUCUGCAUCUGUUGCA